AUGGACAUCGUCGACCGUGACCUAGAGCGCGCUGAGAUGCAAGCGACCCGGACCUUUUCUAAAGAGAGCAAAGAGCGCCGAUCUCUUCGCAGUCCUCUUCGCAGUCAGAACUCACAUUCAUCCGCCUCUUCCAGUUCCACCGGUUCAAGCGCCUCUUCGGGCACUUCAAUGGGACGGAUAGCCACCGCACCAAGCCCUAACAUCGGCCUCAGACGGUCAACCACGCACCCCAUCGAAGACCUGAGAACGGAGACACACCGCCUACAACAGAUUCAGACCGUGGGGGCCAGCGUCAAGUCUAGGACGGAUUCAAAGCCUCUCCCUGAAUUUGGUGGGGGCAAGCCAUAUCCGCCUCCAUUACCGGCGCAGGAAGACUACGUUGUGGAAUUCGAUGGCAUAGAUGACCCUCUCCAUCCACAGAACUGGCCUUUCAAGAAGAAAUUCUAUCUUGGUGCCAUCUUGGCAUAUACCUGCUUGUGUAGCACCUUCACAUCCUCCAUCUUCUCUUCGUCAACAAUGUCGGUUGGUAAAUACUUUGGAGUCAGCGUCGAGGUCGCUACCCUCAGCACAUCUCUCUACGUCCUUGGGUAUGCAUUUGGCCCGCUGUGCUGGGGCCCUUUCUCUGAACUGCGAGGGCGGAAAAUCCCAAUCCUGAUUGGCAUGUUUGGUUUUUCAGUCUUUUGUUUCGGCUGUGCUACAGCCAAAGACCUUCAAACUGUCAUGAUCUGCCGAUUCUUCACCGGCUUCUUCGGUUCGUGUCCGCUGGCGGUCGUGGCGGCCGUCUUUGCCGACAUGUUCGAUAACCGCCAGAGAGGCACGGCCGUUGUCAUCUUCUCCUCCAUGGUGUUCAUGGGUCCUAUGCUGGGGCCUUUCGUUGGAGGCUUCAUCGACAGCUCCUACCUGAAAUGGCGCUGGAAUCUCUAUCUGCCAGGAAUCAUGGGCUCCGCUGCCUUUAUUCUCAACCUUAUCUUCUUGCAAGAAUCUUACGCACCGAUGGUGCUGGUCGGCAAAGCCGCCGAGUUGCGUCGCCGGACUAAGAAUUGGGGCAUUCACGCAAAGCAGGAGGAAGUGGAGGUGGACUUCCGAGAGCUCAUAACUAAGAACUUCUCUCGUCCAAUCCGGCUCUUGGUUUCCGAACCCAUCAUCCUCGCCAUCACCUGCUACAUGUCUUUCAUUUAUGGGCUCCUCUAUCUCUUCCUGACCGCCUACCCUCUAGUAUUUGCAGGGGUCCAUCAUAUGAAGCCGGGUGUCUCGGGCCUGCCUUUCUUCGGGAUGGUGGUGGGUAUCUUCUUUGUCGCAGGCUACAUCAUCUACAAUGCGAGAGAUUACAACAGGAAGCUUGACGCCAAUGGAGGCAUCCCGGUUCCUGAAUGGCGUCUACCCCCGGUCAUGAUUGGAGGCACGCUGUUUGCUCUCGGUCUGUUUUGGUUCGGCUGGUCCGGCUACAAGGAGUCUGUACAUUGGAUCGUCCCGACUCUUUCUGGCCUAUUCACCGGGUUUGGACUACUGGCUAUUUUUAUUCAGUGCUUCAACUACCUGAUCGACUCAUAUCUCAUGUUUGCGGCUUCUGCCGUCGCGGCGAACACUUUCCUCCGGUCGAUCUCCGCGGCCGGAUUCCCGCUCUUUGCGCGUCAGAUGUUCAACGGUAUGGGCAUCGAAUGGGCCGGGACUUUGCUCGGCUGCCUUGCGUUUUGUCUCGUCCCAAUCCCCGUGCUCUUCUAUUUUUAUGGCAAGAAACUGCGGCAGAAGUCCAAAUUUGCCCCCACCAUGGCGCUUAAGAAGCCCAUCGAUGAUGACGAGGGCGGUGCUGAGGACGAGGAAUUGCAGAUGGCUGCAUUGUAUGCUACUCGGAGUAAAGUGCACCACGAUCUUGACACAGGAGGACGGAGGAGCCGGUCGGGCACGAAUGGCUCGAUGGCUACAACUGCGGCUGCUACUGCUAUUGCGCCGGCCAAUCAUGCGUCCGAGAAGGUCGAUUGA